AUGAGAAUCGAAAUUAAAAACCUACUUUUAAGUAUCAAUUCAAAAAACUCACUACAUAUUCAAUCUUGUCAUAAUUUAAAAGACGAUUAUGAAACAUUUACAUUGGUAUGGCUUGAUAUCAAUAAUUCAACAGAUGAACAUUUCCAGUUACAACAGAAAUUAGGUUUAAAUUUUAAUUAUUUUAGAAUAUUUAUUUUAGUUGAAGAAUGUGAACAAUAUUUACGACAACAAGAUGAAAAUCAACAAAUUAGUUUAAUUGUUUCUGGUAGUCAUGGUAGACGACUUGUACCACUCGUACACAAUUUAAAGCAGAUAACAGCCAUCUAUAUCUAUUGUAUGAACAAAUCGGAUAAUGAAAAAUGGUCACGUCCAUUUGAAAAAGUGUUAGCAGUAAUAACAGAUUCUGAUGAACUUAUUAAAAGAGUAUGUCAAGAUCAAGAAGAGCGUGAAAAAAUCGAAGAACUUACAAUGACGUCAAUGAAAAUAACUAAUAAAUUAUCCUCUGAAAGUACUGAUUUUAUAUGCUCCCAAUUAUGGCUUGAGAUUUUAUUGCGUAUGAAACAAACAGAGUAUGAUAAACAAGUAUUUAUCGAAUUUUGCAAAGAAAUAUAUGCUGAAAAUUCUAUACAAACGGAAAUAAUUAGAAAAUUUGAACAAACAUAUUCAUCUGAGCAAGCACUGUCUUGGUAUACAAAAGAUACAUUUCUAUAUAAAAUGUUAAAUAAAGCAUUACGAACAAAUAAUAUUCAAACAUUAUUUUUAUUUCGAUUUUUCAUUACCGAUUUAUGUCAACAAUUAAAACAAAUACAUCAACAACAAAAACCAGUAGUAAAAGUUUAUUGUGGAAAAUUAUUGACUAUUGAGAGAAUAAACACAAUGUAUGCAUCUAUUGGUCAUUAUUUAUUAAUAAAUACAUUUUUAUCGACAACAACAGACCGAAAUGUAGCUGUUGCUGCGUUGUCAUUAACGACAACUAAUGAUAAUCAAUUACAAUCAGUUAUAUUUGAAAUUUUACUUGACUUUUCUCAUACACCAACGACUAAACCGUAUGCUAAUAUAAGAAAUUUGUUGAAUUUUGAAACUGAAAAUGAGAUUUUAAUUUCUAUAGGUAGUAUAUUCAAAAUUGAAAAUGUAAAAUAUUAUCAGAAUCAAUGGAUAGUUAGUCUACAAUCAUGUAAUGAACAUACGGAUAAUCAAUUAAAACAGAUACUUCAUUAUAGUCGUCAAGAACUCGAACUUGAUACAUUUGAUAAUUUAUUAUUAGAUAAAAUGGAUAAAUUUGAUCGUGCUGAAAAAUAUUUUAAAUAUUUAUUACAAAAAUCGUCAAUAACUAUCGAAGAUAAUGAUCGUAAUACUAUUCAAGCAUGGUGUUAUCAAUGUUUGGGAUAUAUUGCACAAAAAGAAGGACAAUAUCCGUCAGCUAUAGAAAAUCAUUUGAAAGCACUUGAAUUAAUUGAAAAAACUUCAACAUCAAAUGAUAAAGAUCUCUCAUUAUAUUAUAAUAAUCUUGGUUUAGCUUAUUAUUGUAACAAUGAUGUUGAUAAAGCAAUGGAAAUUUAUAAAAAAAGUUGUUGUGAUAAAUGUUAUUUGAAGAAUGGAAAUAAACAACAUAUUUGUACUUCUAGAUCUUUCUUGCUUAGUCGUUACAAUGUUUCUCGAUCAUUAACUCGUGAUGUUGUUCUAUUUUUGUGGUAUCAAUUAUUGGCUAGAAUAAUGAAUGAAAAAUCGAUACAAAUAUGUUAUAAUAUGAAAAGAAAAAAUACAACACAAAAUACAUUUCUAUUUCGUGUAUUAAAUAAAGCUAUUAAAACACGUAAUAUUGAAAAAUUAAUAGAAUUUCGUUAUUCAUUAUUUGAUAUACAUAAUCAAAUGACAAAUGUAUACCAAUUUCAGGGUAUAGCAUAUCGUGGAAUGAAAAUUGAUCAAAAUGAAUUAACACGUUAUUCAACACAUUUAAAUGAAUUAAUAUUAUUUAAUGGAUAUUUAUCUACUACACGUAAUCGUGAUGUAGCAUUAAAAUUUGCUAAUAUAAAUGAUAAUUAUGAUGAUAAUGUUCAAUCGGUUUUAUUUGAAAUACAUAGUAAUCCAAGUGUAGAAACUAGAACUAUUAUUAAUGUAGAUGAUGAUGAAGUUAUAUUUGAUAUUCCAACUGUAUUCAAAAUUGUAGACAUAGAUGAGAAUAGUACAUCGAAAUUAAUAACCGUUUUUCUUCAAACAACAAAUGAACAUAUAGGUUUACUUCAUCAAUAUUAUGCACUUGCAGAAAAACAAAUGCUUGCAUCAACACCACAACUCUUAUUUGCACGUCUAAUGUACUAUCUAGGUGAUUAUAAAAAAGCAGAUAUUUAUGUAAAACAAAUUGGUGAUAUGUUAAAUGAAAAUACAGAAAAUUUAGCCGUAUUUUAUUAUGAUAUUGCAUUUAAUUAUUAUUCACAUGAAGAAUAUUAUGAUGCAUUAAAUACGUAUCAUUUUCUAUUUAAAUAUACAAAUGAUUAUGUUCUAAUUAGUCAAGCUAUGAAAUAUGUGGCUAAUAUUUAUGUUGAACGAAAUGAAUAUGUAGAAGCAAUGAACUUUUAUAAACAAUCAAUAGAAAUACAAAGGUGUAUAAGAGAACCUGAUUUCUCAUUGAUAGCUCAUUCUCAUUCCUUAUUAGGAAUGCUCUAUCAAAAACAGAAUCAAUAUGAUCAGGCACUUUGGCAUCAUGAACAAGCAUUGCAAAUUGAGAUAAAGCAAGGAGAUGAAUUAGUCAUAGCUGAGUGUCAUUUCAAUAUAGGCACAAUAUAUGAAGAAAUGGAACAAUAUAAACUUGCUUUACAAAAUAUUGAAAAAGCAUUAGAAAUUAGAACAAAAUUAUUGCAAUCUACACAUCCAUCGAUUGCUAUGUGUUAUGACAGACUGGCACACGUGUAUCGUACUCAAAAACAUAAUGAUUUAGCAUUAAAGUAUUUUCUAAUCACAUUGCGCAUCCAAAAAGAGAAUUUACCUGAAAAUCAUCCAGAUAUCGAAGAAACAAUAUUUGAAAUAAAUGACCUAUUAUGUGAACAUCCAGAAUAUGAUAAUCAACAAACAACAGCAGUUACUGAUAAUGAAGAUAAUUGUGAAAUAUGUAUUGAUCAACAGCCUGAUUUACCAUCGAGAGUAAAAAUUAUUGUUUUAGAUGACAAUAACAGUUUAACCUUACAUUUAAAUGGAUUGAAUGAAAAUGAAAACGAACAUUUGAUUUCAUUUCACAGUGAUACAGAAAGUUUUUUUCAAUAUAUUCAUAAUCACAUUGAGAAUUUUAAAUUAAUUACAGUUCUGCCAAAAUUGUUUAUUUUAUCCGAAAUAUUAGCAAAACUUCAAACAAUCGAACAAAUAAGUUCAAUCUAUAUCUACACGGAUGAUGAUCAAGAUGUAAAUUAUUAUCGUACGUUCAGCCAACAAUUUUCCAAAAUACAUGAUGUUUGUAUAGGAAAUGAUCUUCAAUUCCGCUUAAUACUCGAUUUAACAACAUUUUAUCGGAAAUUGGGUAAUCAUUGUGUCCUCGAACGGAAUAAUAGUGAAGCAGAAUAUUGUUAUGCAAAGGCCCAAAAAUAUGUGAAAUUGCUGUCAAAAUCGAUAGAAAGGACGGCGAUUAAUUUAUUUUUUACUGGAGUAACUGCACCAGCUAAUCAAAUGCGGAUUAGUGGUUUAAAAGCUGAAGUUACCAAAAUAUAUUACAGAAUGGUUAAUUUAGAAACCACAAAUAAAGAAUCUGGGGCACGUAUUUCCGUAUCAGAAAAUGACCGGUUAACGUUUUUACGUGUGCUUGAAGAUGCGUCGACAGGUAUAUUUACAGUGGAAGAACAUUAUGAAACCUUAAAACAAAAACUAGAAAAAAACGAUUUUAAAUUAGAUUCUUUAAUAAGACAAUUUGCUAAUUUGGCUUUACGUUUUGGCAAUUUUGUAACUGGUAAAAUCAAUAAAUGA